GACAAAGAAUCCCCAUAUACUCUCUACCGAGAGUCCCCAAAUGUUAACAUUUAGCGCAUUGGCUUUAUUCCCUUUCCCUAAACACACAUGCACACACACUCACACACAAUUUUUUUCCUGGAUUAUUUUAAUAAGCUACAGAUUCUAUGCUCUUUGCUCCUAAUUACCUCACUGUACAUUUCCUAAAAGCAAGGGCAUUUUCUGUAUAGCCCCCAGAACAAUGAUUAAUUAAAAAAUGAACAUUGAUUUAAUACUGUUACCUAAUCUACAAAGGCAGCCCUUUCUCACUGGGUGAAGCCUUUUCCUAUAUUCCCUUCACUUCCUGAUGAAUAUUCAGUCAAUUUCUCCACCUGGUUGGCAAACUCCUGGCUCUCCCCAGUCUUGUCCCUUCUUCCCAUCUCCACCCGUCUCCGCCUUAGGAAACAGGAUUUUUCCAGCAAGGAGACUUGGCUGGUAACUGAUGGGACAUUGGUGUGUCCAUCCUCAAACACGUGACUAUUUAAUUUCAACACCAAACCCAAGGCAGAGCCAACCCCCAACACGAAACCCCAGGCAGCGGGCAGGCGCCAGCGAUGAUGGACACCCCACCCUAAUGGUAUUUGCUUUUCCCCUGUGUAAACGCGAUGAUGGUUGUGAAGAAUAUUUGCCCUUUGCUUCUCUGUUGCUUUUUUACACUCCAAACAGAAAGCAAAUUUUGACUCUGCUCACUAAUAAAGGGCACCUGACAACCGAUUUCUCACCUUUAAACUAGCUGUCGUCAAAGGGAGCGGGACAGAGAAAGCAGACAGCCCAUCUUACGCUCAGUCUUACUUCCAAAGAACAUACAUUCUGCCCAAGUCCAUGUAUCAUGCUGGACAAGGAGUAUUUCCUUUUUGCACCCAGCGAUGGGAGAAUGCCUCCCUAAAAGCAGGACAUAGAUGAGGGAGUGACAUAGGGAAAGAAAGAAAUUGAAUUGGAUAUUAGGAAUCAUCAAAUAAGGAAGAAUAAUUACUGAUAUGGGCAGGCAGGAGUUGGCUGUAAUACACGAGCCCCCGCCCUUUUCAUCAGUGGUCGCACGACCUCGGACACCAGAGCUGGUCUCACAGAGAGAAGGGAUGUCGCUGGGGAAGGAAAACACCAGGUGAGAUGGUAACAAAAAGAAAAUCCAGAUGGGGUGCAGAUGCUGUAAAAUGAUACACAGCUAUCUCUUUGAUCCUGUUCAAGCGCCCUCCCCUGGCUACGUCAACGAAGUGAACAGCUGCAAGUUAGAUGAAGAGGACCCUGUUAAACUAAAAGGCAAACAGAGCAGCGGAGUACAGGUGCAUAACAAUGACCUUCAGGGCGAGGGCUUGAGGAGGACUGCGAGCAGAAGCAGACCAGCUGGUCCGCAGGAGCCCUGCUGUCCUCUCCAGGGACCGUCCCCUCAGGGGGACAGAGGAGACGGACACAGUGCCGAGAAGACUGGCAGUGCCGUCAAUGGCAUUGGACCCGCUGCAGCUCUGCAGCCCCCCGGGGACCCCGGGCCCCAGCAGGGCGGCACGGGUUCCUGGGCCAGUACCACCAACAGCGUGCACCCGACUUCACCCUUCCUCGAUGGAGGGGACCCCAGGGAAACAGACUGGGCACUGCAGGCCUUGGAGGAGACCCGAGUCGCUGGACAUGGAGACUCCAGGGUCCCUUCCAAGGGAGAUUGUCCCCCCGUGGAAGUACAAGACCAUGUCCUCCAGCUACCAGCCCCAGAUUAUCCUCAGUGUUGGGGCUCAGCUGGAGACAGCAGGGAUCACGAAGAAAAAGAUUAUCUUUUCAGGAGCGAUCCUGAGGAGGAGCCCCUGGAGGAAAUGCGCCCUGACAUGGCGGGGCAGGGUUUGAACAUGCCCUUCUCUGUGAAGAGAAGCUGGGAUUCACUGAACGAGGCUGUGGCGGCCGAAGUCCUGAGCGUCUACUUUAAAGAAGAGGAUCCCGCCCAGGCCAUGCCUGUGGCCCACCCAACGGACAGGUGGGAGGGUGCCCCUGGCUGUGCUGGAGACCGCGCUGGGGGGACAGAGGACGAGGACGCGGAGGUGGCAGAAGCCCUGGCGGCUUUGGAAGCAGCUACUGCGGGAGAAGACUUGGAUGAGGCAGAUUAGGGGAGGUACUUUGCGCACGCAAACAACCUACUGUCCCCAGGAUCAUCUCGGGAUGUCAUUGCUCCGCAGACACCGAGCUGAAUCUCUGCAGCGAGCGGUGCAGCCUCGCCCACUGUUUACAGCCAGCAUCUGUUUGGAUGAUUUGCGUUUCCAUGCCUCAUCCAGGUCGAGAGCAUCCCUGUGGAGGAGGCCCAUUGCUCAGGACACUGGAACAAAAAUCAGAGUGGGCCAAGGUGCCCGGGUCUAGAAAUUAAACAACCUGCGCUCCACGCCCCAAAGCUCUGCACAUCUGGUGCAGAGGUUCUUGAGAAUGCUCUGAAAUCCCAGCACUUCAUCUCGAGAGCACAGACUCACAGAACAUUUGCUUUGUCAAUUCUUUAUCUUGCUUUUGAGAGCCAAACGUUGGACCCAACCUGGAAGAGGUAGCUACCCCACUGUAAGUGCCUACUGUGUCCCCUCGCCAGAGCGUGGCCUACAUUCAGGGACAAUCACCCAGGGAACUAAUAACUAACCAGUUGUUUGACAGCCAGUGAAGCUCAGCAGCAUUCAGGGUGGAGCAGAAGCCACGAGUAAACAAAUGGUUAGUCAUUAGCUGUGCUAUUAAGACACCUUGACCUUAACUUUUUUACAUUAUUACUUUUUAAUCUCCUUUGGGAUUGGGGAGGCCGGUCAAAAUAAUUCUUGAAACUGCUUGUGUCAUAUUUGGGUUUGAAGUUUAUGAGAUUUGGAACAGCAAAGGGGUAGAUAGAGUGUUUUAUGCCAUUUAAUGCCUGAUUCUGAUUAAAAUAUAACAGCAUAAUGUGACUGCCUGUAUUAACUCAGUGGUGCUUCUAAUAUUCCCAGGCUGAGUGUCAGUGACCUUUGGUGUUUCCGGUGUUUUGUUCGUUUGUUUGUUUUAAUUUAAAGAGCCAGGCUUCUACACCACACGUGAGGAGGAGACCAGGUCGCUUUGCUGAGAAUGACUUUGGCUCUCUGUCCUUGGGAUCCAAAGCCUUGACAACACGACUCCCUGAGCCUUAUGGAUAAGCCAGCCCUCUCUGGGGUUCAGCCUCCUAAUUCAUAAAACAAGAGCAGCCAUUCUGACAUGAAUCGAUGGAGAAGUUAUAGGAUUGUCAAGACUUUCUAGAAAAAUAUAAACAUGGAAGACACUUAAGUGUGGUGUUUCAUAACCCAUCUGAAAUCUGGUUGACCUUGAUUUGCUUUCCAGCUUUGCCAUGGGACUUUGGGCAAGUAAUUUAUCCCUUCUAUUUGCCCAUCUGUUAAUUAAGAAUAAUAACAGUGUAUAUUUGUAAAGGUUAAACGAGAUUACACAAGUGUUUAGCACAAUGCCUGUCACUUAGUAGGCACUCAGUAAAAUAAGUCUUCUUAGUUAAAACUACCCUUUAAAUAAAUUUUUCCAUCCUCACAAGUAAAAACACUAAUACUGUGAAGUAUAUAUAAUGUCUUCAGGCAUUUUGGUAAUUAUUCAACAUAAAACAUGAUUUCUGAGCCUUCCGGCAUCUUUAAGGAUGUUACCCUAAGAAAUGCUUAACUGAUGUAUAUUGAUUGCCCUGGGUUUGUUUGGUGACAAGUCACCUCUACAUACAAGGUUCCUCAGAAGCUUUAAAAGAUAACUGUUGUCAUUGUUGAUUGCAUUGUAGAUGUGUUUGCUGUUGUACUUGGUACACCAAAUGCUUAAUAUUUCAGAGCAGUUCUUUCAAUAAUUUCCCAAGUAUAUCUGCUGGGAUAAGGUCCAGCUGCAUGUGAUAAAUGGCUUGUAAGAAUAGAUAUUUACUUGCUUUUUAUGUAGAAAAGUCUGGAGGAUGCAUUUCAGGCUGGUAGAGCAUUCCAUGGCAUGAGUGACACAUGCUCCUUCUAUAAUCUUGGCUUCCCUCUCAAGAUCACUCUGUAGUCCAUAGUGGCUUCUGGGGCCCCAGUCGUUACAUUUGCUCUCCAUAUAGGAAAAGGGAUGAAGGGCCAGAAGUUCUCACUCCCUCUCCAUUAAAAGCCUCCCAGAAGUAUAACUCAGCCCUUUUACAUAUACCUCAUUGGUCAAUAUCUGGGUUGGUCACAUCUAGCUGCAAGAAAGGCUAGGAAAACGUAUCUUUCUAUCUGUGUGCAUAGCUUUCCAAAUAAAUUCAGGGUUUAGUUAGUGAGAAGAGGAAGUUAACAUCGAGUUUUAAGGUGGUCAGCUUGUAGUCUUUACACAUCAGGUCUUCAAAACACAAGAGCCUGAGAAAGAGCCAGUUUGCAAGAGGUCGAAAUUGCAUUUAUAUUUAGAAUAACACAGAAGGGGUUUAAACCUUUGGCCCAGGGGAAGGAGGACUGGCCAGCUACUGCUAUCCCAACUCCCCACUGACGUCUCUAAAACAGAAGGAUAAAGAAGAAAAUUCAGACAGGAGAGGGGUAAGGUAAGGCCUUAGUGCAGCCAAAUCUCUUUCCCGUGCCUGGGAAUAUUUCUGCAUUUCCACGUGCACUUAAUUUUACAUUUUAGGACUGCUGCAAAUAUUGCACCGUGACUAACAACUCUCCUAUGUUUUAAUGAUUCUUUUUUGUGCAAAUAACUGCUUCAAACGGUUAACAGAAGACCAAGAAUUUCAAGUUUUGUUUUUUUAAGUAAUCCUGGCCCCUUCUGUCUUUAUCCCAAUGGCCACACGCCCCCAAGGAAUGUCGGAAGAAAGUCAACAUCUUGAGGUUGAAGAGAAACUCCAGACCUAGCUCUACCCACUGGGAUGUCCAGCAGCUGCCUGAGCAUCUGCUCUGCGUAGUGUCUUCUUUCUGGAGCCUGCUACCACCGCAUAUCAGAAAUGUGUGCCGGCAGGAGCGAGCCUUCCCGUAACAUCCUGGAGGGCCAGAGAGCACAGAUGCAUUCUCAGUUUAAGGCGCUGCUUGUGAUUAGGAGUGGACAUCCAUGUAACUCAUGAUCUUAGCCAGUUGUACGAAGUGGGUAUUUACCAUGUCAGAUCUUGAUCUUAAGGCUUUUUUUCUAUAUUACAUACAGGUUUUCUCAUGCUAAGAAGUUAUAUUUCAUUUUUUACUAGAGAAAGUUGAAUUAUUACAAUAAUAUGAAGUAAAUCUUUUUCCCUGGUUUUCAAGGUAGAUAGUAGCAAAUUGUUAUAACUGUCAAACCAGAUCCCCAGAAGAAUGAGGGGACUUUGAGGUUUCUCUGUGCUUGCCUAUUUGUCUGUGUUCGGGAGUUGUUGGCCAUUUACCUUUCCUUCUUUCCACCUCACUCUGCCUUUGAUCCAAAGGGUAAUGUUCUCUCCCCUGGUCCGGGUGGCUCAGUUGGUUGGAGCAUUGUCCUGUACACCAAAAGGUGGUAGGUUUGAUUCCUGGUCAGGACACAUACCUAGGUUGUGGGUUCAAUCCCUGGUCAGGGCGUGUAUGGGAGGCAACCAAUUAUUGUCUCUUUCUCUCCUGCCUCCCACCUCUCACCCCACCUCCCCCUCUUUGUUUCUCCCCACUCUUCCUCUCUCUAAAAUCAAUUUUAAAAAUAUCGUUGAGUAAGGAUUAAAAAAAAAAAAGGGUAAGAUUCUCUCUGCUCUUCCUAACUCUUCCAUCAGUAUCUCCAGGCAGGAGGGGCCCCAGGGAGAAUGAGGCGCCCAACGCCAGUGCGCGGCCAGAGCUCUCCUGCCUGCCCUAGCUCUGUCACCUGUGUGCAGGCCCAGCAACGUGGCCUCCUGGCUUGGACUUGGACUUUAUUCUUCACCAAGGGGACUCCUAUUUGCAUGAGUCUUUAUGAUAAAAAUGUGGAAGUCCUUCCUUUCUGUUUAUUUUUGUCCCUCGAGAUUAAACCUCAUUCAUUGUAAAAUCCUCUGUUUUAGAAGUAGAGAUAAUUAAACAGACAAGCUGACCUUUGUUCUUCAUGGUAAAUGCUCUGCCUGUUAAUUUAGGAGAAAAGUUAUUCCUUUAUUUACUAACUUAGUACGUUUCUCCUGUGCAUCAGGUUAUGGUAGACAUAGCUGAACAGUCUGACUUUUGGAGCACCCUCGGUUACUUUGAAAAGCAACCAUUUAGGCAAACCUAUUAAAUAUGCUGGUAACAGAUGAUUCUUACCUGCACACUGACAUCAUUUGCUUGGAGUUGACUAUUAGCAAUUUUUUGUUUUCUUUUUCAAAGUUUUUAUUGAAUUUAUUGAGGUGACAUUGAUUAAUAAACUUAUGCAGGUUUCAGGGGUACAGGUUUUGAUAUUGUGUAAACAAUAUCACACAUAUCAUCUAUACACUGUAUUAUGUGUUCGCCACCCUAAGUUUCCUUCCAUUACUAUUUAUCAGCCCUUUACUAGCAAUUUUUUUUUUUAAACUCAAGUGACUAUAAUGAGCAAGUGCCUUUGCCUAGAUCCAGGAAGGUGUGUGGCACAAGGGGGAACUCAAUGUCACUUGUUGAGUGCGAGAACAAAAGCUGUUCACAGUGUCACUGGAGAAACAUCGUGUGACUUAGAUUCUGAAUACUAAUUAUGAGAUUGUGAUAUGUUGUCAGAAAGGCAUACAUGCAGUCCUGCAGGAGCACAAGGCUAUAUAAAUUUGAGAGAAAUUACAUUUAUUAUUCAUGGUCCACAUUCUCAAACUUCCCUGCUCCAUCGGAACAAUG